AAUCAACUAUAAAAUGAAGUUUUUGGUGGCCUAUUUUGAAGUUGGAGCUUUGACACCUUGUUAUGAGUUUUAAUUCUAUUGCUAAAAUAAACAAAUCAGUAAAUCAACCACCUGCACAGCUUUCCUUGACCCACUUUGCGGAGUUGGUGUCUCAUUUGUAUAGUCGGCCAAGUUUGAAUCAGCUGCAAUGCAUGUAUAUUAAAUGCUUAUUUUGUGAGCAAAUUAAAUUAAAGCUCUCUUCUAGCGAUGAAAAUGAGAUGUACCCAUCCGCACCUGAAGAAAUUUAAGCAACUCAACUACCACCAAUCUCCCAUCGCAGAUCAUUCAGAGCAGUAACUCCAUUUUGAGAUUUCUUAUAUUUUAACAUAUGAUCUUUGCCUUUCUAAUCCUAAGGAAUAAAAUAUACUUUAGAAAGAAGCAAACUUUCUGCAUAUCAAUCAAUCAGGGUCCUUUUUUUCUCUUUUUUCCUUUUCCGAAUUUUGCAUUACUUUGAGAACACAACCACCUCAUCCUCGUUGGCUUUCCUUGUUCUAAUUAAAUAGUAUAAUACUAUAGCAAACCAGUUUGAUACCUAAUCUUCCUGUUCUUUCAAAAUAAUUUAUAUAUAUAUGAACUCCAACAAAAGAAUAAAGAUCUUUACUUGCCCAAUUAAGUGCAAAGCCAGCUGAGUUUUCUACUGGUCCCAGAUUCAAGCCACAACUACAAACUUCUCAUUUUCAGCAUUCUCUAGUUGGUUUAUUAUUACAUUUGUUUUCAGCAACAUAUUCUAUUCUUUUCUUUGCAAUACCAAACCUUAAUUCACGUAGGGGCUUCAACUCAAUUCAAACUUCAUUAUCUGUCCUGGACAAAUUGAUACUUGACAAAUCCAUAAACUUUGACCAAGCAUAAGUCUUCUUCCUCUUUGCCUCAGUAGUAACGCUCAAAUCCUUCUUUCUUUUUCUUUUUUCCCAUUUUUUUGGCGCAUCAAGACUCCAUCAUCAUCAAGUUGAAAAAUGGGCUGCAUUUCCUCGAAACUCAUGCCGAGAUCAACGAGUUUAAAGGAAGAGCUGAACCAAAGUAUGCAAAGGUCAGCCAGUGGCAGUCCUGCGCUUGAAGAAUCUGUCCCUUCCCAAAAUAUCAACGAUCAGUUCCUUGCACUUGUUUCUUCUGCCAACACAGUUGCCAGAAGACUCAGGUCUCGGAGUUUUUCAGACAAAAACACCCAAUCAGUUAUUGACCAUAACACUGCUCUUACCAGCAACACAAGGAAACAAGGAGGGGAGAGAGCACGAUCUAGAAGUUGGCUUUCAGAAAUUGAGCUCCCCACCCCAAUUCCUGACACUUCUAAUGGAACUAAGGAAGAAGAGUCGGAUCAUAAGGGUGUGGGACGAGCUAGGAGUUUCCACACAGUAGAAGAGUAUGAUGCCAUGAUAAGACAACUUAGCUCUUCUGGGGCACUCCAUACAGUAUCUAAUGGAAAGCAUGAGGGUUCAAGAACCAAGCUGCAGCAAUCACUCCUAAAAGAAGGCAUGCUAGAAGAGAACUCCAAGAUCGACGCAACUUCAGAGCUAGGAAGUAGAGAACUUAUUGCAAAUCCAAAUAUAUCCCCCGCAAAUAAGGAAGUGAAAGUAGUUGAGGACUCUUCUCAAGAAGGGUAUAUUUUAGAGAAGGGUCUUAAAAGAAAGUCAAUUGCGAAAAGGUUACAUUCGCUUCAAAUUCCACAUACCAUUGAAUUCUCUGCUGUUGCAAGCCUUAGGGAAUGGCUCAACUCUGGUGGGCAAGUCUACUCUCCUGCAGCUUACGUCACUCCAAAACUUGGCAAAUGCCCUUUACCAAAUUCUAGGAUGCCAAAUGAAUGCAAUGAGGGUGACAUUUUCAAUCCUGAAUUGGUGGUUGCUUUUGAAGAACCCAUGCUACAACUUGAAGCAGAAGCAGAAAGCAUUCUCAAACAUAUUUCUGAGAACUUGGAGAAAGAAUGUCCCAUGGAGAAGCAACCCAAAGAUGAGAUAUCGCAUGCACGAGGCUAGAUCAAGUGCCAAGUACAAUGAACAGCUUUGCUACAAAAAUUUGGAGUACACGUGGUUGUUAAAUGGUCAGCAUCUUAACCCUCUCUCAUCAUAUUGAAAUAACAUGAGCUUCUUUUGAUUUGCUACAAUUUAUAGUUUUAUCAAUCAAAGGAUCUAAAUAUUACAAGACUAUUAUCAUUUUGAAUUGUGGA